GUUUGAUUGGGCAAUUGAAGAUGAUGGUACUGCUCUGUAAAGUCUUCCAACAGCUUGAGCAACGCUUUCAACGGUAUUUUGUCAUCAGGAAUUGUGAUCGUUGCCAUUUUGCCUUGAUAAAUGGUCUAUUGAAGCCAAGAUUUAGCUGUUGGUCACAAUCAAACACAAACUUGGAUCUACUGCAAUUGAGCGCCUCACUGUCAUAACUCCACGGAGCUCUGCGCUUUGAGUCAUUAGAUUGGAGCGAUCAUCUUGCACGAACACGAUGUCAAAUCAGGAUCCAAGGAUAUACCUAUCCCAAGGUCGAUUCCAUAGAUCAGUAAGAUGCCCACGUACGCAACAGCUUGUGACAUUUGGGUUAGUAGGUGACUGGUCGGAGGAGUAUAAUAAUAGAAACGCUGUACCUUCUAGCAGCACGCAAGAUGAUCGGGUGAUCCUAUUCGUUCUUCCGUCUGGCUGUCUACGCUAUGUAGCAAUCCUACUGGAUGGAAUAUUGAAAGCCUCAAAAAGGCGAAUGAUUGCUAUUGAUCGACCUGGAGCAGGAGGAACACCGCCAUGUGAGCGAAUAGACCGCAUGCAACUUUCAACCAAGCACACGUUAAGCGUUUUGGAGUAUAUGCACAUUGAUCGAGUGGACAUUCUGACACAUUCAGCAGGAUGGUUUUAUGCCUUGAACUUGAUCGCAACAUCACCCAGCCUCUUCCUUCGUAAAAACGAAACAUCAAAAUGGAUAUUCUGUUCACCUUUUGUGCCCACGCACAUAUCUGGAAGCUUUCUUUCCAUUCUUCCAAAAAGUGUGAUUGGACUAGCACCACAGGCUGGCAGUGCUCUAAACUAUAUUGGAAAGGCGUUCAGCUGGUCAGUGACGUCUUUGCCGGACAAUGCAAUUUGGUCAAAAGAUGAAGAGAUGGAGGAGUUGAUGAGAGGAGGCAAAAAGACCGCUGAGCAAGAACAAAAGGAUGACAAGAAACGUGAACAGAGCAAGAUCAAAUACUCAAAGGCACGCUUCCAUCCUCCCUAUCGUACUCACCGGUUCUUUGGGCUAGACCAGUGGAAGAAAGAAGCUGCUGUAGCCAGAACCAAGAAACCCUCUCUGUCUUUGUCCGACGUUCGACCGAAACAUCCACGAACACAGCGAGCGAUGAAGAGCGCCGAUGAAUUAUGGAUGGAUUACAUGACGAUGGAAAACGUGAUGAAAGCCGCAACAGAAGAUUUUCUCUUCUGUCUGGGCAAAGUCGAAGGAAUGAACAACGAAACCCUUGACCAAUGGACGCAAGAAAAACUAUCCGCUAUUGCGCAACUUGUCAAAGACACACAAGGAUCAUCGAUCGAAAGUAGAACUGUUUGGGGUGACAAUGAUCUCUUUAUCCCUCAAAAGGGCAAAACCUACCUCGCAAAGAUUCUCGAAAAAGAGUGGUCCUCAAAAGAAGGUAUUACAGUGAAAGAUUGGAUCAUGGCAGAGAGCGGACAUGAUUCACCAUUGGCAUCCAGAGAAGUAGUAGAAGCAAUGAUUGAAUUUUAUGGGGAAUGAUACAGAUGAUAGAAGGGUAUAGAUUCAAUGUAUAAUACAAUAACAUUAAGCAUCACAAUUUCGUAAUCUCGGAGGCAUAUAUUCCAGUCCCAAUAUCUCAAAGAUAUCCUCUUCCUGUGGCGUACUUAACGGAGCACGUUCGCCUUGAUGAACAAGUCCGGUCGAGUGAAAAGUGAACCCUUUGUGUUUAGCCAAUAAUCUUAUAUCUCUUUCGAAUUGUCGACUUCCUGUCCAUCCAAGCACCGCAGCUCCAUGCGUUUCCCAAGGGCCAAGGAUGAUAUCCACACGACGAUAACGAGGAACAGGGAUUGUUUCGGAUCUCGAAGGCAUAACCACAACUUCUGCCAAUUCUAAUCGGCUAUAAGUCAUCUCAUAUACGGAAGCAGGUGUGCUCACAUUCACAACAUGAGUGAUGAAUGCUUUUCGUUUCAACG